AUGUUGAAGUCCCUCACCGCUGCGGUGGCCUUCCUGGGCGCCGUUACAGCCUCGCCAGCAGUUCUCCGCCAUCAUGGCCGCUCUGCACUUCAGCCUCGAGCAAAUAGCUCCUUUUGGUAUGCUUCUAUGGACCACACUGGUCAGUUCAAGGGCUCUGCGCCUUAUGUAUCAGAUCCCGAUUCGUACAACGUGUUUGUUGCCGUCAACCCUGGUGACGCCGGUUCUCUUCAGAAUGCCAUCGACUCAGCUGGUAGCGGCAACCGACAGAACGAAUGGCUGGCAUCGCAGCCUCGUGUCGUGUACAUCCCAUCUGGAACAUACGAGCUCCAGAACACUCUCAACAUGCGGACUGACACCAUUCUAUUCGGUGAUGCUACCAACCCUCCCGUCAUCAAGGCCGCGGCAGGAUUCAGCGAUAAGUACCUCGUCAACGGCCAGGACCCCUCGACAGGUGAAGCCGGCGAACUUUCCUUUGCUGUUGGACUGAAGAAUGUUAUUUUGGACACUACUGCUGUGGAUGGAAGCUCUGGUAUCUCUGCUCUUUACUGGGGUGUUGCUCAAGCUUGUCAGCUACAGAACGUCAAGAUCACCCUUGCGCCCUCAGUCAACGGCAAGGGCCACACCGGUGUUCAGCUGGGUCGUGGAUCUACUCUUGCACUUGCUGAUAUCCGAAUUGAGAAUGGCCAGACUGGUAUUUGGCACAACGGCCACCAACAGGCUCUCUACAAGAGCAUCUACUUCUACAAGAACACUGUUGGCAUGCUCAUCAGCGGCGGCAACACCAUCAGUCUCUUGAGCCCUACCUUUGAUUCCGUUGGUACUGGUGUUUCCAAUACUGGUGGCAGCCCCUUCAUCGGAAUUGUCGAUGCCACAUCUAUCAACUCAGGCGUUACUUUCACAACCUCCGUUUAUCCUUCCAUUGUCAUCGACAACUUGACCAAGGAUUCCGACUCCGAUGUUGCUGUUAUCCGCGGCACAACAACUGUCGGCGCAUCAAAGAACGUCAUCAACUACAGCUACGGAAACACUGUUGGAGGUAACCCUGUUUACGGCGGCGUUAACGGCAACACGACUCGCCCUAGCGGUGUUGCCCCUGGCGGUCGUAUUCCAGCUGUCGUCGUGCCCAACUACGCUAAUAGCCCUGUGAGCGACUUCAUCAAUGUUAAGGAUCCCAGCCAGAAUGGAGGCCAGACCGUCAAGGGUGAUGGCAGCACCGAUGACUCUGCUGCCCUUAACAAGGUCCUCCAGUUCGCCGCCACUAACAACAAGAUUGCUUACUUCCCCUUUGGCGACUACCGUGUUGAGUCUACUCUCCUGGUCCCGGUUGGCUCCCAGCUUGUUGGAGAGGCCUGGGCAACUAUUUCUGGCGGUGGUGACUUUUUCAAGGACUCAUCCAACCCCAAGCCUGUUGUCCAAGUCGGCAACGAAGGCGAUGUUGGUGUCGCCCAACUCCAGGACUUCCGCUUCACUGUCUCCGACGUUCUGCCUGGUGCCAUCAUUGUCCAGUUCAACGCAGCCGGUGACAAGCCUGGUGAUGUCGCGCUUUUCAACUCUCUCGUAACCGUCGGCGGAACUCACGGUGCCAGUGCCUUGACCAACGCGUGCACCGACGCCAGCAACGAAUGCCAGGCAGCUUUCAUUGGCCUGCACUUCACCGAAAACUCUUCGGUCUACGUUGAGAACACUUGGAACUGGGUUGCUGACCACAUCACCGAGGGCUUCAACGGAGGAUCUAACAUUGCCGCAAAGGGCGGUGCUUUGGUCGAGUCCACCAAGGGCACUUGGCUCAACGGUCUCGGUAGCGAGCACUGGUGGCUGUACCAGCUCAACCUCAAGUCUGCCAGCAACGUUGCCGUCACUCUCCUGCAGAGUGAAACCAACUACGACCAGGGCGACAACACUCAGCAAGUCCCUCCUGCGCCGUGGACUGCCGAUGUCAAGGGCUGGGGUGACCCUGAUUUCUCUUGGUGUGAUGAUACUGCGCGUUGCCACAUGGGCCUUGCCAACUUUGUCCAGGGGGGCUCUGACAUUUACUACUACGGCUCUGCUUCUUGGGCCUUCUUCAGCGGCCCCGGAUACCAGGGCUGCUCUGGUUCCUAUCAGUGCCAAGAUUACAUGCACUUCAUCUCAUCGACUCCCACAAACCUUCAGAUGUACGGAAUGUGCUCCAAGGACACUUCAGUUGCUCUCCGCCUGGGCGACGGUACCAAGAUCAAUGCCCAGCCUGACUUCACUGGAGGCUGGAGCCCUGGUGCCGACAUUGGUCGCUACACUUCUUAA